AUGGGGUGGGGGUGAGGUGGGACCACAAGACUCGGGAGGAAAGAGGAGUCACAAUCAAGUCUUUGGCUGGCUAGGGGGAAGUUCAUGUCUUGGCCCAGAGGCCUGAUACUGCUGUUCCCACAGAACGUACUCUCUGUGGCAGGCGGCUCGCAGGGCUUUGUUGCUCUUGCUAACUGGGCUUGUGUCAGCUCUGUGCAGAGGUGCAGUGAAACUACCCAGUUCACUUAACUGGAGGAGGCAUUUACUCCCUUUCGAGACCUGCAGCGGUAGGAGUACGAAGUGUCUUUCCAUCCUCAGCAGUGGUGAAUUCAUUUCUUGCUCUUUUCAUUCCUCUGGUUUAAAACAUAUGUCUGAAGGAUGCACACACCUUUUCUCUUUGGGGAAUUCCACACCCAAAUUGUCACCAUCUAGUGGAGGCUAGUAGAGACAUGUUCGUGGCAUUGAGUUUUGAAUUUUCUGGGCUUUGCAUUUUUAGCUAGAUGCAGAUUCAGCCUGAAAUGAAAAUUUUCAGUUGGUUGAGUGGAGAAGCGGAAGUAGGUUUACCUCCCCCUCCGUAAAAGAGGUGUUUAAUAAAACAACAAUAACAGCAACGAUAGGAAGAGUUCUUGAGGACUGUAUACCAAGUUUUGUAUCAAGAACUUUCUUGAUCUCAUUUAAUAACAGACUUUUGUGGUAGAUAUUGUUUUAUAUAUAUAUGUAUAUAUAUGUAUAUAUAUAUGUUUAUUUUUGAGAGAGAGAGGCAGAGCACAAGUAGGGGAGGGGCAGACAGAGAGGGAGACACAAUCUGAGACAGGCUCCAGGCCCUGAGCUGUCAGCACAGAGCCCGACCCGACGUAGCCCUUGAACUCACGAACUGUGAGAUCAUGACCUGAGCCCAAGUCAGAUGCUUAACUGACUGAGCCACUUAGGCGCCCCUAGGUAUUGUUACUGUUCCCCCCUCCUUUUUUUUUUCAGUUGAAACCAAAGCCAAACAAAUAACUUGCCCAGAGUCAUAAAAGUAGCUCAUGGUAGAGCCCACACUUUAACUGCUAGAUUCUACUGUUAGCUUCUAAUUUGCUUGCCAUUUGGUAAAAUUAAAAAUGGAGUAUUUCUAGAACUUUUUCAAAGCACUACUUCUUCAGGCUCUUUCGCAUGUCAUGAGCAUCCAUAACUCUCCCAGGUACACAUUUAUGGUAUGUGCACAAUAAUCAUUUGCUUAUUUAUUCCUUCAUUCAGUAUUCACAAGUAUUUAUGUGAUACAGAAUGUAUGCCCGGCACUGUGCUAGGUUUUGGAGAUACUGCAGUGAGUAAGAAUCCAGCCAUGCCCUCAUGGAGUUCGUGGUCUUUAAGUCCGUGUAUUUUGAUUUAUGUUGUUAAUUUUCAUUGGCAACCAUUUGCUGCUUAAGGAACUUCUGUCCGGUAAGUUAAAUUAGAGGAGACUACUGGUAUGAAGCCUGAUAGAUAGGACUUCCUGUCCACAGAGUGGCUUUUUGGAUACUGUAGUAGACAGGGCAUAUGAAACAAAUCCUCACCUAUAGCUAGAUCGGGGGGGUAUCAGGUCCCUGGGUGCUCAGAGUAGGACUGACCCCCUCCCCCCACCCCCAAAUGUGUAAACCCUGAGAGCAAACCCGGUGUCACAUGGCAGUGUUCAUCUUAUUUGCUGAGGCCUGCCUUCUCAAAGCCCAGAAUUUAGGCAACAGAAAGAAGAAGAAAGGUAGAAUGAGGUGUUACAGAUGCAGGCUGGCAGAUGAAGAGACCUCAGCACUUUGUUUGGUUUCCUGGCAGGUGUCCGUUGUGUGGCGGCUGAACUUGUGCUCUUAUGUAAUGGUGCAUCUCCUGGCAGGGGAUUUCCUCCUUUGCUGUUGCCGGGGCAGCGAUUUCUACAGCUACCCUCCCAUUCCAUACACACAUAGGUACUCUCUGAAGGUAAUAAGGCAUCUGGCUUUUAAAAGUAAGAGCUUAUUUCAGGUUUAUUGCUCCUAAGCAUUAUUUCACUCCCUCUGUACUUUUCUGUCCUCCUGAUAAAAACUUGCCUUAUGUUUUAAAUUUUUCCCGUGCUCUUUUCCCAUAUCCUUAGCUGUUUUGACAACCAGAUAACUAUGCUUGCUACAGUUGACUCUUAAAGAACACGGGAUUAGCAGCACUGAUCCCUAUGCAGUCGAAAAUCUAUGUAUAACUUUGACUCCCCUCAAACUUUGCUCAUAGCCUACUGUUGACAGGAAGCCUUACUGAUAACAUAAGCUGUUGAUUAACACUUGUUUUGUAUGUUACAUGUAUUAUGUACUGCAUUAGUACAAUAAAGUAAGCUGGAGAAAAAAGUUACAAAGAAAAAUCACAAGAAAGAGAAAAUAACAUUUACAAUACUGUACCGCAAAAAAUCUGUGUGGAAGUGGACCCACACAGUUCAAACCAGUGUUGUUGCAGGGUCACCUGUGCUGGUGCCUGUGUCUGGGCUCAGAGAAUGAUAUCUUUAAAAAAAAUCCGAGUCACUUAAUCUAACUCAUUUCUGUACUAAAACCAGUGAAACUGUGAAGUCUUUAGCAGAACUGCUUGUGGGCUGAGAAGGAAGACCAGAGAGCGGAUAUGCCGUUUUUUUCCCCUCUAGUUCCCCUGAGAGGCAGCCCGGGACUGUAAAGCCCACCGGGAAGCCUGAAUGUCAGCAGACCCCCCCCGGUACUGGUUGUGUAAUUGCCACGCAGGAAGCAUUUUACUGAGUUCCUGACGUGACAUGUGGUCUCCUAGUUGAAGCUGUUCAGUGGGAUUCACUUUCCUCCUUCUGUCUUCCUGGACAGUAGGAAAGUCUUGUUGUUUAGAGGCAUUCCUUUAAGUAGUAGGAGGAAGAACAAAUAGAGGAGAAAGAACACAUAUUUGAAAGCAGACUUGAGUGUUAAGGAUUAGGACAGUUGGGUUAAGGGUAAGCAUUAGGACAAAUACGUAUAUGAUAAUAGAGACUCUUUUUCCUGGUUUCUCCUCAAGAAGGCUUCAGUCUUGGGGUCACCCACAUAUUCCACGAUAGUGAGAUUUUAUUGAGUGGAAUGGUUUUUAAAAAAAUAAUAUAUAUUUUUAAAGUUUAUUUAUUUUGAGGGAGAGAGUGCGUGGGGAGCGGAGGGGCAGAGAGAGAGAAUCCGGAGCAGGCUCCACGCUGUUGGCACGAAGCCUGACGUGGAAUCCAAGCUCAUGACCUGAGCCGAAAACAAGAGUCAGACGCUUAACUGACUGAGCCACCCAGGCACCCCUAAAAAAUUAACAUUCUUAAGUUUUGGUGCCACAUUGCAGGAAAGUUGGAAACUAGAUCAGUGAGAAAAAAAAUGCCUGUAGUGUGGGAGGGCUGUUUUCAUACAGGUAGAAGUAAAGGAUGCAAAUUGAGGUUGGGGCUGAGGGUUUUGUGAUGGUAUUUAUUUGAAGCUGUUAACAGCUGUGAAUCUGAGACCAGUGAAGCAAUUUCAGGACAGCGUUGGGGUGACUGUCCUUGAGCAUCAAGAUCUGUUCACUCCCACUCUGGCUCAGAUUCAAGGCAACAGCCAUUGUUCCCUUAUAAGUUGCUUAUAAGUUCGUGUCUUUGUGUAAAACCUUUAUUUGAAAAAGUAGAGGUGCGGGGGAAAGAGGUACCUCUUAUAAGGCUUAGAUUUUAGCAGUAAAACCUGUCAGGCACCUGUGGACGUUUCCUUUUUUUGUGUGCUCAUGUGUGUCUCUGAUGGUGUCCUUUUUCUUUCCCUUUUAGUCCUUUGGCCUAGAAACCAGCAGGGUGUCUCCAUUUGCUCUCUCAUCCUCUGAUUCUUACCUGAGUGUGGAAGUCUCCACUCUGCUGGUAGACCUCCAGUGGUGCUGAGCUGGGUCACUUUGGCUGUGAAAGGCCACCUGUGCUUCUGUCGGGGCUUGGGGACACUUGAGUCUCUGUGAAGGUACUGGUAUGGCAACAGUAGAAAAUGUAGCAACUGUAGUGAGAACUGGACGGGUUUCACAGGCAGGCUCUGCUGUUGUCUGUGAUGUAUUCUCUUUCCUGGACCCUUACAUCUCAGAAAAGGAAAAUAGCACCCUUGAAACAUCUGAAGGCUGCAUGCCAAGAAUUCAUGCAAUACUCCAGAAACAGGAUAUUAUUGAAGCAUUUUUCUCAAGCAGAAACAUAUGUAGUUCCCAGUUACUGUUGCCAGUGUUAGUAGAUCCUGAAAAUUACCUGAUAGCUGUGUGUGCCCUUAAAUGUACUCUCCCGUCUUAUACUCCCCCUCCCACACGCACGUGUACAAGUGCUAGACUGGUUUUUUGUUUUUUUGUUUUUUGGUAGAGCUCCAUUGCUUGGUUUGAGGAAAGUUAGCCUGGGUUCCUGAAGACAGAAAUAGGUUCUCAGGGGUUUGCAGACAGCAGAGUUGGUGACUGACAAUUCUUUGUUACUCAGAAGAGGAGGAUCUUUUGUGGUGAAAAAUUCAGUGACUCAGGAUUCUUUUCUCCUGUAGUUGGAGAUUGGACGUAAAACCUCAGAGAGGAGAUAUAAAUAGGGGCUCUUUCCCAACCUCCCCUUUCUUAGCAUCCUUUCCGAAGGAGGGGGAAAGUUUAAUCUUUCCAAAUCCACCCUCCUGCCAGCCUGCCUUCACCCACAGAAGUGUAAGAUCAGAGCAUGGAGUUGGCCUGUGUGUAGACUGUCUUUGCUAGGUUUUUGGCUAGACUAGGCUUGGGCUUUUGACAAAGCCAGUAAAAUGAAAGCGGCUUCUGGGAAUGGGAUAGGACUGUUUAUCCCAUUCUUCCUUCUUUGGGCUGUUCUCAGUAGAUCUCAAUAAACUAAGUGGGUGGAAGUUUAAAAAGGGAACUUGAAAAAGAGAACAAGGUGAUUUUGCUUAUUCAUUUUAAGUGGUAGCCUAGGCAAACUGUCAGGGAGAAGACUGGGGCUACUUUUUUUUUUAAUUGUUAAUACACUGGGAUAAGAUUACCGAAAGCUUGGAAAAUAGAGGGGGAGAAAAAAUCACCGUGAUUCUACCAUCCUACCACAAACAUCAUUUCCAUCUAUUCUGCUUUUUCUUUCAGUUGGGAAUCCUGGCGUGCAUUUAAUUUUGUAUUCUGUUUUUUCCAGUUAGCAUUACACCAUAAAUAUUUUUCUGUAACGACAUAUAGGCUUUAUAAUUAUUUUUAUUUUUAAUGGCUUUAUAAUAUUCCAUCAAAUAGAUCAGCUGUGAUUUAAAUAGCCUCUCAUUGGGGGGACCGGGGUGGCUCAACUGGUUAAGGGGCUUACUCUUGAUUUCAGCUCAGGUCAUGAUCUCAGGUUCAUGAGAUUGAGCUUGAGUCUAGUCUGUUUGGGAUUCUCUCAUUCCCUCUCUCUCAAAAUAAAUAAAUAGGGGCACCUGGGUGGCUCUGUUGGUUAAGCAUCCAACUUCAGCUCAGGUCAUGAUCUUAGCGAUUCGUGAGUUCGAGCCACCCGUUGGGCUCACUGCUGUCAGCGUGGAGUCUGUUGCAGAUCCUCGGUCCCCCUCUCUCUUGGCCCUUCCCCUGCUUGCACGUGUGAGCUCUCUCUCAAAAAUAAAUAAACUUAAAAAAAAUAAACUUGAAAAAAUAAAGAAACAUGAAAAAAAUAAAUAGCCUCUCAUAUGUCUAGACUAUUUUUUUCUUUCUUUUUUUAUAAUUUGUUUUGAGAGAGAGCGUGCUCAUGUGUGCACACACACGUAUGGGGGGGUGUUGGGUGGGGCCAGGCGCAGAGAGAGAAGGAGAAAAUCCCAAGCAGGCUCCGUGCUGUCAGCUUAGGGCUGACUCAGGCUCGAUCUCAAGAACCAGGAGAUCAUGACCUGAGCCGAAAUCCAGAGUCAGAUGCUUAACCACCUGAGUCACCCAGAUGCCCCUGUCUAGAUUAUUCCUAAGGUUUGCUCAAGGCGAUUUUUUUCCGAGGGGUCAUUUCAUUUGUCAUAAUUUUUAAAAACAGCUUUACGGAGACGUAAUUUAUAUAUCAUAAUAUUCACUCAUUUAAAGUUUACAAUCCAGUAGACUUUAGUAUAUUUACAGAGUUGUACAACUGUCACCAUAUUCUAAUUUUAGAACACUUUUAUCACCCCAAAAAGAAACUCCAUUAGUGGUCACGCCCAGUUCCUCACAAUCCCUGUAGCCCACAGCCACCACUGAUCUUUUCUCUCUACAGUUCACCUGUUUGGACAUUUCACAUAAACAGAAUGUGUAAUUGGCUUCUUUCGUUUAGCAUAAUGUUGUUGAGUUUUAUCCAUGUUUUAGCAUAUAUCAGAACUUUAUUGAUAAAUGAUCUGUUGUAUAGGUAUAUCACAUUUUGUUUGUCCAUUCAUCAGCAAUGUAAUGGACAUCUGAAUUGUUUUUCUGGUUAUUAUAAAUGUUGCUGUGAACACCGAUUAGUAUAAAGUUUUGUGUAGGCAUAUGUUUUCAUUUCUUAGGGAGGUAUUUUAUUUUUUAAAAGAUUUGAUUGAUUGAUUUUUAAAAUCUCUGUGCCCAAUGUGGGACUCAAACUUACAACCCUGAGAUCAAGAAUUGUAUUCUCUACCAACUGAGCCAGCCAGGUGCCCCUCUUAGGGAGAUAUUUUAAAAGCUGCAUCCAUAUUUCUACUUUAGAGUUAACAUUUUACUUGGUUAUACAGUUUGUUUGGGGAAGAACAGUGUUAUUGCAGAACCUUUUGGUCCUGUGUUGUUGAGGAUAUUGCCCUGAAUUCAGAAAAGAUGCUACUAAGAAAAUGAAAGGAAGAAUUAUGUGUAAGAAUAUAGCAUUGUUUCUAGGGGUGCCUGGGUGGCUCAGUCCGUUAAGCUUCGACUCUUGGUUUUGGCUCAGGUCAUGAUCUCAUGGUUCGUGGGUUUGAGCCCCACAUUGGGCUUUGCACUGGCAGUGUGGAGCCUGCUUGGGAUUCUCUCUCUGCCUCUCUCUCUGCCCCUCCCCUGCUCACUUUCUCUGUCUCUGUCAAAUAAAUAAGUUUUAAAAAAAUAUAACACUGUUUCCAAAUCUUCAGUGCAGAACUUUAAACAGUAGUGGGAGUUCACAGAUGCAGUAGUGCCUAAAUUCAGUGCACAUGUACUGCUGCUUAAAAAAAAAAAAAAGGAUUUUCAGCCUGAAGUCUCAGUUCUAAAUUGCACCAUUGUGUUUUAUGGAGUGAACUUUACCAUGAACCCCACAGAGCAUUCCUUAUCAAAUGUAAUUUAUAGUUCUCAGAAGCUUUUCCUUUUCUUAUGAAACAUUCCAUGCCGGGGCUGUGUGCACCUGCUUAGAGGCUUCUGGUAGGCUGGAAUGGAGAGCCAACCAUCAAGGUAAAGGGGAGGGAGAGGGGCUGUGAGUGUGGUUUAAAUAUAGGUCUGAGAAAGACUGCUCUUUAGAGCAGCUCUUACAGGGCUCUUGCUGGUGGACCUCAGUUGCACCUGAGGUUAAAAAUAUAGCUCAUGCCAGACACAAAGAGGAACAGAUGGUACUGCUGGGAGUGUCGUUUCCUCUACAGGACCUACCCCUGGGUGGUUUCACACCAUACCAGCCAUAUGACUGAAAUAAUGCAGUGCCUCCUUUCGCCCUUGUCCUAAUUGGAACUACUAGCAUUCAUGAUCAAUAGCUGUUCUUGCUUUCCUGACUCCUGGUUCACUACCAAAAGCUCUUGAAAGUAUGUGUAUACAGGCCACCUAAUUUUUUUUUCUUAUCAGAAGAUCAAGAUGCUUCCACCCCAGAGAAAUGUGGGGCACAGGGCACGUGCCUUUUGUCCAAUAAGCCAGACAAAAAGUAGGAACUUGAAUUAUCUUCUCUUGGACCUGUAUUAGUUUCCUGUACCUGGAGCCAAGCUCAAGGAUCUAUCCUUCCAGAAAGUUCCUGGGUGUAUAUGUGUGUAAAUGUAAAUGUAUGCAGCCAUAACUUCCCUGCCACAGUUUUAGAAUUUUUUGAGUGUUCUCUACCUGGUAAUGCAAAUUCUGUUCCCAAGUCCUGGGGGAGUAAGGUAAUACAAAAUUCUUACCUGAAGGUUAAAAUUCUUGAGUAUAGUAUCCAGAUAUUACCAAAACUUCUUGAACACCAAACCAAGUAUGUGAUGAGAGAGACUCUAGGUUCAUUAGAUGCUAGAGUUGGAAGAAUGGGACUUUGGGGAUAGUCUCCUCCUACCUCCUCACUUUAUGGAAAGGAAGAAUGGGAAAUGCGGUGCUCAGCGCCGACCUCCCUGAGUGGUGACGGGGCCAGGGGAGAACCCAGGCGUCCUGAUCCCGAGUCUAGUGCUGUUUCUUCCCCUGUACGAUCAACUUCUCUCUCCUCUGGGCUUGUCUCAGGAAAGGGCAUUGGAGCCCAGAACAGUGUAUGGCUCAUACUGUUUGGAACAAAUUCAUCUCCUUUUUGUGAUUGUGGUUUUGAAUCUAAUAGUGAAAUUACAAAGAGGAAUGAGUCGUUAAGUUCAGUUGCGAGGAAGAAACUGGGCAUUGUUGUGCUUAGGUCGGCCCUGCUUAACUAUUUAUCUCUGUACUGUGCUUCCUUGUAAUUAAUAAAACACCACCUGCUUUAGACCAAUGGGAUGUGUUCUCUGAGUCAUUUUCCCCUUUGGGUCCCCCUUGACCAGGUGGGACAGUGGCAGGUGCUGGUGGCAUCCUAGAUGUGGUAGUUGGGAACAUGCUGUCUGGGAGGGCUGAUGCUCCCUGCCCCCACCCCAUUAGCAAUCCAGAACCCUUCAUAACUGUGAUUCUGAUUGCAGUGUGAACACACAUCUCUAACUGUAUCCCUAAUCAGUCUGGAAGGAACCAGGCUUCUUGGGCUGAGGUUAUGUAUGCUAGCUUUCUCCACCCUAGAAAGCCGGUGAGCAGUUUUAUGCUCAGUGGGUACAGCUUUUUCAGUUGGCCUGCUCAAGACAUUUUUAGAGAAUUGACAAAUGGUAUGUUAGCCGGUCCACACCUUUAUCAGUCCUUGAUUCUCAUCUACCUGCUAGGUAGAAACUGUGCUGUGGGAAGGCGAUCUACCUCCUCAUUUCAGUCCUGUGGGGAUUUUGCUUAUUACACAGUGGGAUGGCAAGAAAAACAGGCUCUGGGUUUCAUAAGAGUUCAUUGGUCCAUCUUUUUUUUCCCUUUACAUGCGCCUUCAAGUCAUAAUAAUUUGUCAACUGAUAAUCUGGUUGGGCUGUGAUGUCGGGCUGGUGGGAGUUAGGUAGGUGGUUGGUGCAGAAACCAAAAGGAAGUAAGUCUGGUUAUUUGCUUGACAAGUAUUUAGUGAAUGCCUGUGGUUAGUGUUAGGUAUACAGUUGUAAACAAAGAACAAAAUGGACACAGUUCUUGCCAUCAUGGCCUUAACUGUCCUGGAGAAUACCCAUUGGUUAUUUAACUUGAAGUAUAGCAUUGGAGGAAUCUGUUGUGUAAAGUAGACUUUCAAUUUGAUACUCUGAAAGAGUCACUCUUUUUCAGUGACCUCUGUGCUCCCAUCCAGCAGUCAUCCUGGAAGAGAGGUAGGCUUGAAAAAUAUCCUUGGAGAAUCCUCCUGGCAUUCCAGGCAAGAAAGCAAAUUGCCUUUCCCUGCAGAGUAAGUUAGGUCUAGGAGUUUGGUCUGCUGUGAGGAUUCCUGUUUACAGGCUUUAUUUAACUAAUCAUUUUUUAUUGUGCAAAUGUUUUCUGACCCUGAAAUAUCUUCUUUUUAAGUACUUUAUUUUUUAAUGUUUAUUUAUUUUUGAGGGAGAGCAUGAGUGGGGGAGGUGCAGAGAGAGAAGGGGGACAGAGGAUCCAAAGUGGGCUCUGCACUGAGAGCAGCGAACCUGAUGCAGGGCUCAUACUCAAAAACUGGGAGAUCAUGACCUUAGCUGAAGUUGGGUGCUCAACUGACUGAACCAUCCAGGUACCCCCCCCCCCACUUUUUUUAAAUGAAGGGAGAAAAGCGGGUCUGGAUUCCACAGUGAGAAAUUGGAGGAAGGGAAAUAGAUCAAUAGUGUGAAUUCUUUAGGGAAUCUUUUUUUCUCCCAUCUCCCACAAGCCUCAAUUUUAGAUGUAAAUAUUGACUUGUGAUACCUCUUUUCUUGAUCUUUCUGUGGCUUUAUAACCUGCUGGGGCAUUAAAGGACCUAACACAAUACUGGCAUAAAUAAAGCUCCCAAUAAGCACACAUCCUGUAUAUAUUUUUUAGCCAUCUCUGUUGGCCCAGGUUUCAGGCUUAGACUGGGAGUCUCCGGAGGUCAUUGAUGGUCUUGUCCACUUCUUUGUACUCAGCUCCUGGAUUACUUGGUUGAUAAGUGAUGGACCAGGUAGAAAGGAUUAAAGUCAAAAAAGUGUGAGAGGGCAAGGUGACUUUGAGGCCAAGAGCCCUGAUGACAAGGAGUCAAAGAAUGGUAUUAUUGAUGAAAUUCUAAAAAGAGACAUUUGGAGGGGGACCUCAUUUGAGUGAAAAACAGAUAUAAACAAGACGAUAAAAAGCGGUUAACAUUCACCAGCUUUACUCUGGUGGUAGGAAAAGAAGACUGCUCAGAAACCAUGGAGGUGGGAGGAGGUGAAGGAAAGAGAUGGUACUGGAGGUUUUCCCAAAUGUUUUAGCAAGACCAGUGAGAACCAAAUUACAGGAUCCUUUAAGAAUUUGGGCCCAAGGGGCACCCAGGGGGCUCAGUUGGUUGAGCGUCUUGAUUUCAGCUCAGGUCAUGAUCUCAUCGUUCUUGAAAUCAAGCCCCAAGUUGGGCUCUGCGCUGACAAGGGAGCCUGCUUAAGAUUCUUUCUGCCUCUGCCCCUCCCUGCCUCAAAAUAAAUAAAUAAACAUUUAAAGCUUUAAAGAAAAAAAAAAAAAAAAAGAACUUGGAUCCAAGACCAGAAUUACCCUGCUAAUUUUUAGGCACAGGUCUUUAUUUCUAGAACUCUGUCCAUCUUUUAAAAGCCUCAGGAGGCAUUAGUCAUGCCCUAAAUCCAACCUACAAGUGUUUACAGUUUGGCCUUAUUUACUUAAUGUAUUUUUAGCAUCCACUGUGAAUCCUGUUAUAGUCAAGGAAGUAGUUAGUAGUGGGACACCUUGUUUCUGUUUGUUCUCCAGAACCCAGCUCUUUUGGGGGUGGUUCUGUUACUUCUGGAAUUAUAACAUGUAGUUGUAUGGGUCAUCUCCUUUGAAGGUCUGUGCAUGCUUUGGAAAAAUCACAUCUUUGGGGCACCUGGGUGGCUCAGUCAGUUAAGCAUCUGACUUCGGCUCAGGUCAUGAUCUGUGGUUUGUGAGUUGGAGACCCACAUCUGGCUCUCUGCUUAGUGCAGAGCCUGCUUCAGAUCCUCUGUCUCCUCUGUCUCUGCUCCUCCCCCAAUCUCUCAUGCUCUCUCUGUCUCUCAAUAAAUAAACAUUUUUUAAAAAGUGUAAGAGACUAUAAAAAGAAAAAUCAUGUCUUUGAAAGAAGGGUUGCUCUCUACAAAUGCUAACUGCUUUUCUUGGAUAUAUGUGAGCAACAACAGAGUAACAGAUUUCAGAGCCUUUGGUGUUCCUAGAACUUUCUGUGAAUAGCAACAAGGCAGGUAUUUUUCAAGCAGUGCGUCUGACUUUAUUACGUGAACAAGUAUUUAUUGAAUGCUCUUUCCCAUUUAAUGAUCUCCCCACAGGGAUUCUUUUUUUUUUUUUUUUUUUUAAUGCUUAACAAUGUUUAGUGUUUUUAAUGUUUAAUAAUUUUGAGAGAAGAGACAGAGCACGAGCUGGGGAGGGGCAGAGAGAGAGAGAGAGAGAGAGAGGGAGACACAGAAUCCAAAGCCGGCUCCAGGCUCUGAGCUGUCAGCACAGAGCCCGGGGCUUGAACCCACAUAAGAGCAGUAAACAGUGAUCAGUAUGAUCAUGGCCAGAGCCGAAGUCGGAUACUUAACCAACUGAGCCACCCAGGUGCCCCCUCCUCAUAGGGAUUCUUUGCAGCACAUAGCCCAACAAAUGUUUUGUAUUGUUGCUUCAGUAUUUUGAUUUGUCUUUUACAUGCAGAUUUUAAGCCCCUUGAGGAUGGAAGUGCUGGUUUAAGUCUCCUCUGUGUUCACUCUGCAGGCUGGGCAUCUGUAUUAAUAACAAUAAAAAUUUCUUCAUUUUACAAAAUGCUUUCAUGUGAGAUGUCAUAUAAUACUAUGAGGAAGAUUAUAGUCCCAUUUUACAAAUGGGAAAGCCAAGGCCUUCGGUAACCAGUAGACAUUUAACAUCCGCUAUACUUGUAAUUAGUGACACCAAGUCACCUAGGGGCUCAACGGACUCAAACGUUGGUACCUCCUGCAGGGAGAAGGAAACCUCCUGGAAUUGCAGACUUCAUAAAUUUUAACUUUCUCAUGGAAAACAUUAUAACAACCCCUCUCCCUUUCCCCUACUCAAUCUCGGCAUAGGUACUCUCAAGGUCAGUAUGUCAGUAUGUUUUUCUGUACCGAUGGGACAAAAAUGCGGAAGUGUAUAAAAUUUGAAAGGCAACUUUCAUCUCCUAACUAAGGAAAAGCAUUCCCAUAUUGGCCGAGGGACCUUUAUUUUUAUUUUCUGGAGGAGGGGAGAGGCCAUAGAGUUAAAACCCUGGUAUAUAGAAAUCCAUGCAGUUUUGGUGUUAGAAGUUGCGUUUGGGGGUAAGCCAGAGAAUGAAUGCUGAGUUCUUUGGAUUCUAAGGACUCUGUGAUGGAGAUUUUGAGCAGCUCUGUAAACACUGUUUCCAGAGGAGGACUGUCUGUGCCUGAGAACUCAUGAGGGCUCCUGAAGGAACAUCUUUGCUUUUUCUGCAGACAAGGGAAACGACAGUCUCCUAUAGGUGAGGCUUGAACCCCUUUUCCCCACUGUCCUGCCCUUGUUUCCAGAGGCAAAGAUGAGUCUGUGUGGGUGGUGAGGAGGUUGGAAGUGAAGGUCCCGCUUCACCCGUGACAGCUUAGAUUCGGACAGACAUAAAGCAGUGCUGAUGUUCCUGAGGCAGGGUGUGCUUGGACAGCCCUGUUUUUUCCAUUUAGUUUAGGAAAGUGGAGGAGUAAGACUGGCUGUGGGCCAGGCAUGGUUUCUCCCUUUCCUGUGGUGAAUGAAAAUGGACGAUUGUUUGAAGAAGUGGGUACUGAGUGGGAGACAAGUGGAGGAUAGCAGGCCUUGGACUCAGAAUGACCCUGCUUUCACUGUCAGCUCAGCCAUUUUCCAGCUGUAUGACCUUGAGCAAGUUUAACCUCUAUGGUGCUCAUUUUCAUUAUCUAUAAAAUGGAGAUGAUAUUAUUAACGCUAUCUCCAGAAGGGUAGCUACCAAGAUAUUAAUUACUUGCUGUGGGAAUUUUGGGGUGGUGAAUCUUGGGAUAAUAGGAAAACUGUAACUUGUUAAAGUUUCUUUUUGUAUCACUUGAAUUUUUCACUAUUGGCACAUAGAACUUAAUUAAAAGUAUCCCCUCAUGGGAUUAUUAAGAAAAUCAAAUAAAUUGGGGUAUUUAAAAUACCAGGUACAGUGCCUGAUAACUAAAAAAUACUCAAAUGGCAGUUUAUUUGGGGAAGAAGUGAUCAUAAUUCGUGGUUGACCCUUGCUUUUAUAGUGUUAAAUUUUCCUUCUGCCUUGUGUGGCUUUGGAUAAGUCUCUUUGUUAAGCCUCAGCUUCUUCAACUGAAAACGGGGGUUUAUAGUAGUAUCUACCACAUAUAGGGGGUGGAGGAGACCUAUCAAGAGGUUAGCCUCGUGCUAGUAAAGGCGUAUAGUUAGUGCUCAGUAAAUAUUAACUGUUAUCAGCUUUAUCCUCACAGCUACGCUAGAAGUGAGGUGGGAGUUAUGCCCACUUCAAAGUUACAGAAAGUGAGGCAGAGUCAUUUGGUGACUUGUCUUAAGGUCAUAUGUUGAGUUAGCAGCAGCAGUGACCUUCUCUGUUAACUGCCCUCCUGCCGGAGUCCACAAUGACGGCCUCACAGCCCUGAGUCUGCUCAUCUCCUUCCUUCAUCCCGGAAGGCCUGCACAAGGACGGGCUCAGCCUCUCUAGGGGAAGGCCUCUCUCCAUACCACUUUGGUACUGCCUGUGACUUCCCACCUGCUCCAUAAAGACCUGCCUUGCCUGUUUGUGGUACUGAUUGGGCUAAAGUUACUAGACCUGGUGGGAAAUAGCUUUUGAGCUUUGUUGCUGUGGGCUCCUGUUCUGUGUGUUCACACUUUGAGGAAACCCCCCUCCCCCCGAAACAAAGAAAACAAAACCCUGAGUGAUUUCUGCCCAGAAUUGUUUCCAGAAAGUGGGAGAUCCUCAUCCCCAGACUUAGGGGGUCAGAGCUGAUGCCACCAGUUUCUCACCUUGGGUUUGUACAGUACACUUCUCACCCUUCUUUGGUUUUCUCUUCAUCGGACUUUACGACAUUGGCCUCGCUCCCUUCUUCAUAGAGGUCAUGAAAUACUUACCAUUUGGUGAAAAAUACAAGCAAUGCAAUGUCAAAAGUUUUAUCAAUCUAAAUUUGCCUAGUGGACUGGAAGGAGUAUACAUAUUUGUACAGACUCUUGCACUUUAUAGUUUUUAUGUUGUUUUUGUGUGUUCCAAAUAGAUCUUUUUCCAAAUUUGCAUUUAGUGGUGGCUAGCAACUCUUGUCAUCUGUAUUUCUUUGGAAUAUAUACUUGCUGUGUAGGUAUUGCGUUCACAUCAUAUAAUUCCACAGCAGGAUCUGAAGGGCAGUUACUUUUCAGUACUUAUCACCAGUCCGGUCUCUGCACCUCUAGACAAGUCUGCUCUGAUUCCCAGACUGGUUUCUUUUCCUUAUUUGUGGCUGCCUAAAGGCCUUCAGUGAAGUACAUCAAAGUGCUUCCUGUUGGCUUGGCAAAAGGAAGAUCCUUGGAGGAGCUUAAAGGCCUCGUGGAAAGGACCCUCUGACUCUUCGCUAAUCGCAAAAUGAGACUCUACAGUGGAGAAGCCACGCGCCCACCCGCUUUGUGAAAGCUCCUCUAAAAUACAAGUUUUUCAGCUGUUUAUCAUGUUUCUGUCGUAUUUAUCUGGUUUUUGGAGAUAGACCUGCUUAAAUGAAUUCUGGUUGAUGCAUGGGGUGCGGGGGACUAAUGCCCCUUCAGAGUUACAGGCAGUGAGGCACAGAGAGAUCUGGUGACUUGUCCUAGGGCCGUACGUGGACUUAGCCAGGGUGGUGCCUGGAAACUUUGGAGGACAUUCUCCAAGACAUAAGAGAGCCAAGCUCCGGGUUUAUCUCAGGCCUGAUCACGAACCUGCAGGAGCAGCUUCCGAGCACUGGGGAGAGAGGAAUGGCACACUGCCUUGGAGCUGUCAUCGAAGAUGCCACCUUUUGGGAACCAUAUUGUAGGCAGUCUCUGGCCUAUGUGAAGUCGUGCCUGGGCCUUAUCAGAAAUGAACCAGAUGGUGUUUCUAGUAAAACUGGCAGCUGUUCUUGCUGUCAGAAUUAAUUAAACAUUUUUAUAUGUAAAUGUGGAAUUAUGGGAAUCUUUCUUUUGGGGUUUUAGUCGCAUGUGGAAGUGCUGCCUUUACCUUACAGAGGCCUUUACUCAUCCCUUGCUUCUGGUCAGAAGUGACCCUCAGCUUUAUGUCUUCCUAUCCUCUCUGGUUACUUUCUUCACCAAAUGGGCCAUUUGUGGUGAUGGUGGUGAGGGGCGGAUAAUAAGGUAACCAGUCCUCUCUAGUGUAAUUUGAAGGUUGCUGAUGGGACCUUGUGCCCAGAAUGUACCUGUUACAUAGAUAACAUUGGUGGCUAAAGUAUUCAUAAUUUGAGUGACUUCUUUGGGUUAAGACAUUUGGAUGUAGCACACAUGAUACCUAGGAACAGUGACAGUCACGGAAGCCAGAAAAGUUUUUCUUUCUUUUUUUUUUUUUUCGGAAAAGAAAGAAGAAAAAGGCGGAGAGCGCGUGCUCUGUGCCAGGCACCGUGCUAGGUUCUGUAUUUUUGUGGGUUUGUCUUCACUUUCUAGAUCAAAAAACCAAGCUCUGAAAAGUUAAGUACUGUAACUUACUCUGUUGGAGCAAGAACCAAAGGCGGGGUGAUUCUAGAGCCUGUGUUAUUCAGGGCAGAUAAAGUAGAUGUGGGUUAGGAAGCUGGAGGGGAGGACAAGGUGGUGAGGGAGACAGAACAAAAACCUGGAGAGAGGAGGUCAGUCGGGGCCAGGUGGGAGCUGCAGCGCAGGGACUUAGCGAGAGAGGAUGGCCCUGGGUGACGGUCUGGGAGGGAGAGGCUGGUGAGCAAAAAUAACCCGAAGUGGAACAAAUAAAGGUUGGGGUAUCACUUGGAGGGGGGUAUACUGUUGGAUGAUGGUGGCUUUUCCCUCAGGGAAGCUCUGGGGUCUGUUUGGGGUAAGGAAGACCAGAUAGUGUCUGUAUUUAGGCAGGUGGCACUUGGCCACACAGGAAGCCUUUUAAUCCCUGGUAUUUAUAGACUGGCCUGUACUGUAGUGAAAGACAACUCCCAUUUCAGUUAUGGAAGGCAGCAUUAUCUGCCUUUGAGAUGCCGCAUUUAUGGAUCCCCAUUUGACCCAGCAGGAGGGGCGUGGUGAUAUGCCCCUUAUAUUAUCCUGGCUCCCUCCUUCUUCAGAGGCUGAGCAGGGACACUUCUGUCAUUUACCUCUAAGUGACCUCUGGCUGCUCCCUCUUCUGCAGUGCUUCUAUUCCUCUCAAAGAUGAGUUGGAGUCAGGACUGGGAAAGGUGGCCCUCUUGUCUCUCUCUUCAGGGUAGCUAGGAAUUCCCUAGAAUAAUGAUUCUGAUUUGUUGCCCAGCUCCUUGCCCCAAGGCUAGGGUUGCUCUGUUUAUACAUACCAUGGCCAAACCCUACAUUCAGUCCAAUUCAACACUGAUUUAUUGAUACCUGCUAGUAUGUAUGGGGUGGAAUACAAAGGUGACUGAGAUAGGUCUCCAGUCAUGAGGGGGAUAGUGAGUAACGAGCUCGCUCCCGUGGUCAGGCUAGUUCCUCUUCCUUAUCUCGGGAAAUGCCCAUACAUUUUCGGUCUUGUCUAACUUAAGUCGUUACUGUGAGGACUGAUUGUAGCAAUAAUGAAUUGAGACUGCCUUGAAAAGUAUAAAGCUCCAGAUUCGUGUAAAACCUUCUUAAUAUUAUAAGGUAGGCUCAUAAUAAAAGAUAACACGUAUCAAGUGCUUUCUACAUGUCAGGCACUGUUCUAGGUGCUUUAUUUGUAUUAGCUUAUCUAAUCUUCACAGCAGCUGUGAAGUAGGUUGCUUAUACCCAUUUCACAGUUGUAAGAAUUAAUGCCAAAUUGGAUAAAUACAACAACAACAACAUUUCUAGGAUGGCAUGGCUGGUAAGUGGCAGAGCCAGUUAAUCUGAACUAUAAACUGCACUGUGUGGCCUCUGUUAAGACCCUGUGGAAAUCUGGGAAGAGAGGAGUCCCACCCCAAGGGGGGCGGCAGCCAGGACUUACCCUCAGAGACUAGAAAGGAGCAGGGAAAGGUCAGCCUGGUGCCCAAGAAAGCAUUAGGAUUUCUACACAACUUAAUUAAAUUACCGAAACUGUUUCUGAACUUGGAGCCAUGUUUCUUGUAUAGUAAUGCAAUAUUCAAGAUAAUUUAAGCCAAGGAGGAAGGACAGAAUUGGUGAGUGAGUUUACAUAUGCUCAUGGGCACUUACUGACAGACUAAAUAAAACACAGAGAGGCAAACCUUAAAGUGAAUACGUCUUUAUUCAAUUUACAAAUGAGGGCAAAGACUCAGGCAGCGUGUUUGCUGCUUUGCGUUGGGACUUCUAAAGAACACACUUUAAAAAAAAAAAAAAAAAAAAGAAUUCUUCCCCUCAGCCUUUCUCUGUUGAAGUUUCCAUUAAGGGUAUCAGAGUCUGACCACUAAUAUGCAGUGUAUCCAUCUUUAGCAGUUAUUUUCCAGAGAAAUCCAGCUCAUUUUUUGAGGCACCCUCUAGCCAGGUUAUCUCAGAUGUGGAAGAUUGGGAGCAAACAUAUACACAUCGUGGGGAGGGCAACCUCUCCGUUAGAUGUAUGUCUGUAAAGAGAGCUUUGGGAGUUAAUGUCUCUAAAUUCCUGUUUCAGUCCACUCCACUCUUUGAAUAGCUCUUUUAACAUGCCGCGCCUGUCUCGUUAGCAGUUCAGGGGAAUUAGCCAUCAACAUCUCAUGACCUAGUUCCCAGAUUUCCAGCAGGUUCAGAAGUUUCUAGAAUGCCCCAAAGGAAUGUUUCUCAAAGUGUGCUUAUACCUUAUACCUUGGGGUCAGUUCCCUUGUGGGUGUGGUCCUGGCGUUCACACAGAAAACGCUUCCCUCUGCUCGGGUUCUGAAGCAGAGCUGCAAGCCAAGUCCAAGCCCAUCUCCAGAGGGUAUGCAGCUGCAAGUAGCAGUAUGGACAGCCUUCGAGGCUUCCUGUUUUCUUCUUAUAAUGAAUGAGAAUUUUGCCUCCUAUUCCACAAUAUAUCCAGGAUAAUUUUAAUAUUUAAAAUGAGUUACACUACGGGUGUGUGGGUGGCUCAAUCAGUUAAGCAUCUGACUCUUGAUUUCGGCUCAGGUCAUGAUUCUCAGGGUGAUGGGAUUCUUCACCACUCCCCCAUCCCCCGCCUCCACUGCUCUUGCCCUCGCUCUCAAACACACACACACACACACACACACACACACACACCUAACAUGGAAUAAAUUUGAACCUUUAUCAAGAUUGUGUGCUGUGAGGUGAGACUGCUUAGUUUGUAAUCUUGGUGUCAUGAAUUGCUAACUCUAUGACCUUGGGCAAGUUAUUUAACUUCUCUGUGCCUUGUCUAAAAAUGGAGAUAAUACCUACCUUUUAAGGUUGUUAUGAGGAUUAUAUCAAAUAUUAGAAAAUGCUUGGAUCCAUGCACAAUGAUUAAGCAGUCAAGUGCCCGUUAAUGAUGGUAUUAUUACUGUCCUGAAGGUCUGUGUCCCUGGGAGUAUGGCAUAUGACAAACAUCCCUCUCUCCAUUGACACAGCCAGGCUAUAGGCUUAUAAAAAGGCCUUUUGCCACCUAUAGGAACCCUAAACAGAGCACUGGGGAAAUGCUUUGUCAUAACAGAUAUUCUCAGGUCACACUCAGUUUUAUUUUAGUUGUUUGAGGUCGCUGUGUGAAGCAUGACUAUGCUCAAGCAGUCAGAAUCUAUCACUGGUGGGAGGGAAGUGCUUGUUUAGAAAAUGUCAGAGAAUCCACCAAGUUCCUUUGGCUGAUAAAUGUUCUUCAGUCUGUACUCUUUUUUCUUGUUUAAUAGUUAGGAAAGAGGGCUAAGUUGUACUUUUCCUUUAUAAAGUACACAUCUCAAAAUUUGAAAAACCUCAAGUCAUACUUGUUUCUUGAAGAAAGUUCAGGAUGUACAGGUUACUAGCAGUCACGGAAGGAGAAAAGCACCUGUGAUUUCCCUUCCAGCCGUCACCACUGUUCACCUCUUACUGUGCUCCUUCCUUCUGUCUAGGAUGGUCAGGGAUGGCAGAGUGGUUGGCAGGGUCUUGGAGAGAAGGACCACAUUUCUGGCAGCCAGGGUGGCCCUCCUGUGGCUCAGCCUUACAGUGGACAGUCCCACUUUGGGACAAGCACUUGGCAACACCCUUGUCCCUAAGUGCCCUCUCCUCUUCAGAGAGGUUAUGUUGAAGGCCAGCUACUUCUUUCCAGUGAUGCUGCAUGUUCAAGCAUUUUUGGCCUGGCUUAUGUUGAUCCUGCUCUCCUGAUUUUGUGCUCAUUUUCCACAUAGCCAGGUGGUGAGGGUUCUUGGGCCUCUUCUCUCUUUUCUCAUGGUACUGGCUCUCAGGGUUGAUGCUUCUCUGUCUCAUCCCUCCUUUUCACUAAAUGCACCUAGGGGGUUCUGCCACAGAGAAGAACUCAUGGGGUGAGGAGAACACUGUCUCAAGGCUUUUUAAAUGUAAUGCUUCCUCCCCCUUUUUUUCCUCUGCCCAGAAUAAAAGCUGCCAGUAAAAUUUUAGUGCAGGACUAUUGAGAUAUAUUUAUCACUGUUGUGAUGGUCAAAAGAAUUGUCAACUCUUCUCCUUAUCGAUCCCCUUCACUCCUUGCAAAUGGGAAUUACAGGAAAUCACAACCAGCUUAAACGACCGUGGGCAGAUGGGAAGGAUGGAAUGUGUAACCCCCAUUCCCAGAAACAGGAAGAAUGGCUGAGCUGAUUGACCUCAGCAUUUGGCAGUCAGGGGAGCGAAAGCAUGGCCUGAAAUAAUGUCACCAUCUGGGAAUUGAAACCCAAGUCUUCCUGCGCUCUGACUUCUUUGUCAUCAUGACUCCCCUCUCUGAGCCCCUCCUUUCUGGUCAGUAGACAGGCCCUGCCAGUUCUUUCUUCAGUAGGUUUCUGUCACCACCACACUGGCCAGACAUCACCCUGUCUAGCCUCUUAGGCUGCUUUAGUCUCUCUUGCCAGGUUCAUCUCCCAUGAACGUUGUUCUCAUCUCAAGUGUGAUUAGGUAAGAGAAAGAAGCCUGAUGUGUGUGGGAGGUAGUAUUACCAUCCUUUUCCAUGGUGGCAGUGCCCUUUGGCACUAAGUAUUCUGGUGCCUUUCACAUAGUAGGCCUUUAGUGAACGUUUAAUUGGCUUAGGUCAUGUUUCUUGCUCAAGAACGUUCAUUGGCUCCCACUACCUACUCAUCCAAAGCAGAAGUUUCUGUUUUUCAUGGCUGUACAGACUGGUUUCACUGUAAGUAUUCAACUAAAUGCUUAAUACUGUGGAAUAACCAGAGUCUGCAAGGUGAUAGAUACUAGAGAAACCAUAAGAAUUGUCCCAUGUCCUGGAGGACCUCAGAUGGAAUUUUUUUUUUCUGUUUUUGCCUGAUUCUUGGCCUCUCUCCCCCUCCUUUCCCCACCUCCUCCACCCCCCCAGUGUAUCAUGGUUACUUCAGCCUUCCAGCCCCAGCAGUUUCCUUUUUCUUUCUCUAUAUUUAUUCAGCUUUCUAAGUUUUCAGGUCAGAUCUCCCUUCCUUCCUUUUAAAGGUCCUCUUUGAUGGUCUUGGUUCAGAUCCUUUCUGAUUUUUGUUUGCUUUCAUUAUUUUGUCCUUAAUUUACCAGAAGUGGCUGCUUGUUCUUUCUUAUUUUCUAAAUAUUCAUACCUCACGAUUUAGUAUUCUAUUGCAUCCACAUAGAGUAAUGCAAUAGAUACUCCUGCCUUAUUGUGUACCUUAAUUGUUUGCUGUCUGGGUUUGUAGCCUCCCCAACUCCCUUGAAGGUUCCAAAUGGGCUGGGGCCUGUGCCUUCUGUGCAUGUUACAAGCAAAAUAUAGAGGACUGUCAGGAAAUGAUGCUACAUGGGGUAGACAGAGGUGACCCAUUAGAAGUGAGAGGUGAUCUCACAAUGUUUUGAGAGUGUGGUUCCUAGCAGAAUUCUGGAUGGCCUAGAGCAGAGCAGGGACUGGAGGCCCAAAGACCAUCGAGGAGUAGUUCUAGGAUUCUAAGACCUGAGAGAAAAUGGCAAAGGCAGAAGGGUCAGGCUUGUCCCCCAAGAGUUUGUCUCAUUCUGAGAUUCUCUUGAAAUCCUAGUUCACUUGGAAAAUGUGUUCAUACUAGAAGGCCACCAGGGUUCUUGGGGAAUUCUGAGGCCAGAUGCCUGUGUGGUGAAUCUUCCCAAAAGGAGGGUAAAAGAUGCUGGGCCAUAGGGAAGCUUAUGGCUUAAGGAAACAGAUAAUUAGGGGCAACAAUGAACAAACCUGUUGGACUCAGCGUUUGAUUUAUUUGUGGUUAAUGGGAUUUGUAUUGAUUUCUCUGGGAAAUUUGGGGAUAUGAAUGCAUUCUGCAAAUAUAAAUAUUUUGUCACUGAUGGGGCUUACAGGGUUAUGUUGCAUUUUUUCUGCUAAUAUUCGAAUCUUGUGUGAAAUUGAAAGCAGUGUCUUCCUUUUCCAAUUUGGGCAGAAUUGUAAGCAUAGUGCUGACCCCCUCCUCAAUCCCCAGUUUAUUUCUCAGACCCACCCAGGACUGUGAAAUAGGUUAGUAAAUAACAGCUAUGGACUGGGACCAGUUUUAGCUAGCUGAAUUCCCUAUAAUCCAGUUUAAGUCUACAGGGUACAUCUAAACUUACUGGAAUUCUAGGUAGGAAGUGCGGUUGCAAAGGCAAAGCCAUUUAAUUGUAGCUUAUAUGAAAAUAAAACCAGCUUGAAUUUUCUUCUCACAAACUUUCUCUGAAACACCUCUUUAGAUCUUUUAUUUUUGGCAAAUGGGCUUCGAGGUGGCAGCCUCAUUACUGUUGUGAUGGAGGGGUAUAUAAUAAGCCAGUGGGCAAUUUCCCAGAAUUCUGAGCCUUUGAAAACUGCUAUUCUUUUUGGAAGGUAAUAAGUACAGAAGCCGGGCUGCCUGUCUCCGAUUUAUUCCUUCUUCCCAUUCUGUUCUCAGCUAGUAAAUACGUGGUCUCAGUCUGCGUAAAAACAUAAUGGCUUAAAUUUGCUUAAAUUUCUGUAGCAGUUUGGUAAUGAAAUUUAGCCCUUUGAUGGUGGUGGUGGUGGUGGUGAUAGGCAUUCAGUAGCAGGUACACUGAUUGUGCUGUGAGCUGGUUCUUUCCAAGUCUCCUGGGAAGAAAAUCACUAACUUACUUUAUAUGCGAAGGUCUUCGUGUUGAGUAGAGGAGGAAACAGCCUUGGAGUAUAGAGAAAUCAUCUGCCCGAAGUUUAUAUUUUAGAGAAGUACUUCGAAUGAAGUUGUAUGUUUUCUGUUUGGAUUGGGUGUAUUGUUUCUUUUGAGAAUGCUUUUUACAAUAGUAUAAUGGUUCCUCUGGAACUCAUAGCAGGAUUCUUUUUCUACCCUCUCCUGUAUUUACAGCUGCUUUUUCCCUAGGGGAGUAUUCAUCUGUUUUAAAAAGCAGAGAGAGAAAACAAGAAGUUCUCUCAGUGAUGUUUGGAAACAAACUGCAUUUGUCUUUCAGGAAGGCAGGUUCUUAAGAGUUGCUGUUUGAGUGGACAAAAAGGAAGUCUGGCUACAGACCCCCCCAAAACACACAUGCCCCCCCCCCGCCCCCCUCCACCCAGAGGUUCCUUGUAGCAGAUAUGAAAGAGUUUAGGACAUGAGGUGCCCGUUACGGUCCCUUUGUUGUACUAGACCAAACAUUUCUUUUCAGCUCCUGAGAAAGUCAGUUUUUCUGGCAGCCCACAUCCUUGCCCUGAAUAUCUGUGCCUGGGGUCCUGGGCUGGCACUGGCACUCAAGGCCAGGAUCGUACUUGGGUGUGGGUUCAGAGGCAGCAUCCAAGGACAUUUGGGACAGGAAAGAGAUCUGAUCAUUAGAAUGUUUUCAUUGUACUGAUGUUUCAAGGCCUUGGAGGUGAGGUUUGCCAGGGUCUAGAUGAGGUUAGUAAAUGGGCAUAACCCUAGUGCCGCUUAGCCUCUUUCCACACUUUUCACCAGCUAGCUGGUCCUUGGCAUGCAUCUUUGUUUUGUUAGAAGAGGAGGAAUUCUACUUUGCAGUUGAAUAACUGUGCCUUCUAUUCAAAUUCUAUGGAGGGUUACACUCGAAAAGCUAAUAAGUACUUCCACUCUGCACACACUGAUCCACAGUGGGUGGGUGGCAGGCUGGAGGCUGGGGGACCUUCAUAGAACAAGUGUUAUUGAAGGCAGAUACUGAGGUGACACUGAGGGCAGCUGUGCCCUGAAGUUCCAGUGGCUUGGCCCCCUGGCUGAUGACCUAUCCACCACAGCUAGGCCAACGGGGAGGCCUUCAGCUUCCCUGAAAUGACUACUACUCACAGCUCAUUUAGUGUGACCAGCUAGAGGGAUGGGCUUCCUCUGGGAAAGGGUAGGAGAGUCCUUUUUUUUUUUUUUUUUUAAGUUUAUUUAUUUACUUUGAGAGAGAAAGAGCACAUGCACAAGCAGGGAAGGGGCAGAGAGAGAGGGAGAGAAAGAAUCCCAAGCAGGCUCUGCACUGCCACUUCAGAGCCCAGUUUUGGGGGCUUGAACCCACAAACUGAUAUCAUGACUUGAGCAGAAAUCAAGAGUUGGAUGCUUAAUCAACUGACCCACCCAGGAGCCCUGGGUAGGAGAGUCUUUGUUAAACUUGCCUGGUUUGGCAGUCACUCAGACUCACCUCCUGUUUCUGUGUUGGCCAGUAGUCUUCUCCAAUUUUCCAAACAACUCUUCUUCAUUUCCAAAGGGGGGCCCAUUUUUGCUAACAACCACCCCCUAAAAAAAACCCACCAAAAACUGCAACUUACCUUGAUUGUUACUAUGUGUGCCUUCUCUGCCUGUUUUCCGGCAGAGGCAGGCAGCCACUCUUGUUUUCUCUUGAGGUGCUCCUGCCACAUUGGAGUUCCUGGAGGCUGAUGCUGCUGAACUUCCUCAUUGGGCAGAGGCCAGGAUGUGAGCCGAGCCCCGAGUGCUCUGAAUGGACAGAGCACACACAUUGGGGAACAUUUCUGGGUAAAUCUACCCGUGGCUGACUUUAGAAUUCUUCUGGCUUUUAAAUUUUUUCUUUUUAAAAUAACUUGGACGGAUAAAAGAUGUGCCAUGGCAGGAUAACACCAAAGAGCACCUCAGCGUUGGCCGUGGCCUCCGCGGGACAUGGAGUGUUCCUUCCACUGGUGAUCCUUAGCACCCUCCUUGGAGACGGACUUGCCUCAGUGUGUUCCCUACCCCCGGAGCCAGAGAAUGGUGGCUAUAUCUGCCACCCCCGGCCCUGCAGAGACCCCCUGAACGCGGGCAGCGUCAUUGAGUACCUGUGUGCUGAAGGCUACAUGUUGAAGGGUGAUUACAAGUACCUGACGUGUAAGAAUGGAGAAUGGAAACCAGCCAUGGAGAUCAGCUGCCGUCUCAAUGAGGACAAAGAUGCCCACACAUCACUUGGGGUCCCCACGCUGUCCAUAGUUGCUUCCACUGCCAGCUCCGUGGCACUCAUUCUCCUCCUCGUGGUGCUGUUUGUGCUGCUGCAGCCGAAGCUGAAGUCGUUCCAUCACAGCAGGCGCGACCAGGGAGUAUCUGGCGACCAGGUUUCCAUCAUGGUGGAUGGAGUCCAGGUUGCGCUACCGUCCUACGAGGAAGCUGUAUACGGCAGUUCCGGUCACUGUGUGCCUCCUGCUGACCCCAGAGUGCAGAUCGUGCUGUCAGAAGGGUCUGGGCCCGGUGGGAGGAACGGACCAAGGGAGCAGCAGUUGCAGGACCAGGGGGCCUGUUCCUCUGCAGGUGGAGAGGAGGAGGCCCCGGGCCAGUCUGGACUAUGUGAAGCCUGGGGCUCUCAGGGCUCAGAGACUGUGAUGGUGCAUCAGGCAACCACCUCUUCCUGGGUGGCCGGCUCAGGGAACAGCCGAGUGGCAUACAAAGAAGCCCCAGAUUCAGAGAACAGUGACAUACAAAGCCUUUUAUCCCUCACAUCGGAGGACUACACAGAUGAUAUCCCGCUGUUGAAAGAAGCAUGAGUGCUGCCACGGGCCUCUCCUCUCUGCAACGGUCCUCUCUGCCCCUCUUCCCUCUCCCUGUGGGUUUGAGUACGCCAUACUCCAGCCACCCUACCCGGAUACCUGAGCUGCCACCUGUGUAUCUGUGUAUCUCUGUAUCUCUGAGGGCCUCCAGGCCCACCUUGCUGGAAACUCAAGAUGAUUCUCGCCAUCUGCCCGCUGGACAGCUGGAGGAGCUGGCAUUUUGCCUACUCCAGCCUUCCCAUCUGUGUCGGAGACAUUUGAAUGUGCUGGACUGAACUCUUCCUUUCCCUGAGCCCUCCGGGUCCCCUCCAGCCAGCUCUUUGGCGGCAGACCCCACCAGCCUGCGUGGGCCUGAGAGCCGCUGUGUUUACUCGUGCCUUCCCCCACCCAGCCCAUUCGGUUUCCCUGUCAUGCAGGCUUGUUGCUGUCCUACAAGCCUUGGUGGCUGCACUGCUGCCCUCCGGCACACAGAGGGCCAGGCCUGGGUCUGGGUCUGGCCUGUCACCUUUAAGGGCUGGCACCACUGCCCUUAGCAGGAGCAGAUCCAAAAGUGGCUCUAAUUAGGGCAAGGAUGUGGGUGCCCGGGCCUGCCCUGGGUUGACACCCGUGGCACAUUUCUUUGGCUGAGGUUGGAGGAUGUGGAAAAUCACGCCAAAGCUAUCCCAGCACCCAGGUGUCCAGCUCAGAGGUUCUGACCCUGGCCCUGUUGAGUUUCUGAGAAGCGUUGAGAAGAUCCUGAGGGAGGGAAGGAAGGUGGCUGAUGGGCAAUUGUCUUCCUAAUAUGCAAGUUCUCACUUCCUACUUCUAGCACCGGCCUUCCUGGCCUUGGUCUUUUCUGUUUCACUGGAGUGUGAGGGGAAGUGGCCUGCUGCCUCCUGGGUUUGGUCCUUGGCAGCCCCAGCUUCCUUGCUGCCCACAGGGGCCCGAGGUGAAUCAUCGCUGGGAUGGGAGAGUUGCUGAGGUGCCACGGAAGGUCUGUGUGGCCAGUGGCAUUUGGGGCACUUUGCCCCGUUCUGGGUUCGUGGUGACGGAAGGGAGCCCGAGAGGCACAGACCAAGUCCCCAGGCAGCUGCAGGCAGCUCCAGCCCCGGUCCUGAGGGUCCUCGUCACCACAGUCACGUGCCUUAGUAACUGUGCCCAGGAAGCGUGCUGCUGCUUGCUGCACUGCUGCUUUCCCUGCUUGUGUUUCCCCUGCCACCCUUCCACACGCCAGCCCACCAGCGAGUCCCUGCUCUCUCCCCUGGCCCCCCUGCCACCCUUCCACGCGCCAGCCCACCAGCGAGUCCCUGGCACCUGGGGGAGGGGCCGACACUCCUGUGCAUCCCCCUUGCUGGUCUGCAGCGGGUGAAUGCUUGCGAAGCAGCCUGGCUCCAGGUCCUGGAGUCGGAGCGGGUGGGCUCGGUGCUCCCAGAUGCUCCUGCUGGGGGCUCUCGCUCUGCCACGUGUGAAUGCUGACCAGGGCUGGGGUGGCAGAGCUCAGCCAGGCUACUGUCAUCCUCAAAAGACGUGGCAUUAAAGAAUGCUUGUUUCUGUUUUGUUUUUGAAGCGCUGGGGCCGGGAAACUUGUAGCUGAGCCCACCUGCACCUCUGCUGCUCCCCAGCCGCUCUGUUUGGGAUGGUGAAAACAAUAAAGAACCCAGUCUAUUUUCAGUACCUGACCUAACAGGGUAGCUCUAGGCGUGGUUGGCCGCGAAGAUUAAGAGGAAUGGCCUCCUCUCAGCCUCCCUCGCCACUCUCAACACGCACUUUACCACCUGCCCGCUUCCGGCCUCCUGGCGCCACUGUAGUCUUCCUUCGCUCAGGGUAAGGGCAGUGCCUUCUGGGCCUGCGGGCAACCCCACACCUCCCCCCUUCCCCACCCAGGAGCCCUCACGUGCUGUGCGCAGAGCCCUGGCUGGUGUGUUUCCAUGCAGAGCAGGUUGGUGAAGGUGCUGGAACACAGAAGCCUCUGAGGGACAUGCAGCAGACCAGGGGGCCUGCCCUUGCCUCCAAAGAGGCCAUUUCCGGAGAUGUGCCUGUCAGCGGUUGCUGGCACGGGGCCCAUCUGGAGGGUAGGGUCCCUACAGACCCUAGUUGCCUCCUUUACCCACAGGGGUGCCCUGUCUUCCUCCAGAAAAGACAGCAGGGACAAAUGGCGGUGGGGGGCGGGGGUUGGGGGCGGAAUCCAAAGUCUCAUUGUUGAGCCUGCAGCCUGAAUUCUAGUCUAGAAUAUUUUUUAAAAUGGAAGAUCUUACCCUUUUUUAUAUCAUUACUCUGGAUCUUUCCCUCCCUAAGAGAUUAUGCUAUUUGAGGUUUAUUCAGCCGAGUAGGUGACGAACUUAGCCCUUGGGGGAAAAAAUGAAAAAUGAAAAGCCUUUCUUCUGAAGCCUUCUUCCACCUUGCUCACCAUUAACACUGUCCUGCGGAUCACAAGCCCAGACUUGCCUACCUGGUAGGAAAGAAAGUCUGGAUAAAUGGGAACCUAGCAUACACACACCCUUGCCACCUCUCUCCAGUCCCCUCUGUCCCUGGCUUUGCUGAGGCCCAGCUCCCCCCUCCCACCUCCCCCCUCCCCCCUCCCCCCUCCCACCUCCCACCUCCCACCUCCCGGGGCCUGUCGGGGGAGGAUCCAGGCCUCCCAUUGCAGCUGACAUCCUUGCUGGCUUCUUCUCUCGCAGUUCUCUUCUCUGAAGCAGUUUCUUAGCCAUCAGCCAGGUGCUGCUGUUUCUAGAGCUUCUGGGGUUUGUCCCUUUCAAGGGAUUAGGGACUCCACAGCUGCCUUGAAGUGGGGCCUGGCUGAGAGACCAGGGCAGUGGCAGGUGGCAGGCUGUUGGGCAGGAGGCUGCCAAAGGAUCCCAGAGCAGGUGGGAAAACCACAGCCCUGGCUUUCCUGGGCUCACCUCUAGGGGAGUCCAGCAGAGGGCUUGUCCAGGAGGGUAGCCAGCACCAAAGGACUAAAAGUGUCUUUUUGCACACAUGAGCUGACUCAGUGGUUUUCUAUCCUGCUGACUUGCCAGCGACUUUCAAGGGCCAGUAUGUGGUGAAAAUCACUUAAGGUUUCCGUCCCUUUCAAUGCCUUAGUUUAGCAGAUAGGCUCUCUCUUUUGCCAUUUCUGAAUGUUGUGUGCCGUGUUCCCAUCUCACUGGUGUGAACUGUGAAACGGACUGAGUCCCAGCCACUUUGUGAGUUCUUUUGGCUUUAUAAGGCACUUCAGUGUGCAUUCUACUAACACUCCAUUUGCAAACAGAACUUAAGCUAAUUUUUUCUUCUCCCUUCAUCCCCCCCCCCCCCUCCCUCCUCCCCCCCCCCCCCCCCCCGCCAGCUUUAAAGUUCUGUGGAGAAGCCUGAUGGCAAGACAGACAAAGGUAGACUUUUCCUGCUUCUUUAGUGCUGGCACAGGGAUCCACAGGCAUUCGGCCUUUCCCCUCCCUCCCAGUUCUGGCCACAUAGCAAUGUCUCCUCCGUUCACAGGGAUAUCCUCACAUAGAGAAUGGGAUAUGCUGCAAACACUGCUACAUCCUUGCCUUUCUUUCCUCCUGAAAGAGAAUAAAGGGCCCGGAAGGGAAGUGCUACACAGGCUUAAGUCCCCGUGUGCUUGUGAGGACAGUGAGGCCAAGGGCUUCUGGGACUCCCGGCUCUCAACGUAGGGCCAGUCUUUACUGGGGCCCGGGGAGGGGCUGAACUAGACUUUGGCCGAAGCACAGACUGAGUGGUAGAGUAGCUGAUUCCCUGAACAGGGAACGGCAACAGGCUCAGCUUUGCUGGGAAGCUGCCGCUCUUAAUUUCCAGUUGAAAACCUAGAAGAAUCUUGAAUGGAAACCCCGAGGUUGAGCCCUCUGUCUGGCAGCAGAGCUGGCUGGAGGGAACGGAGGGGCACAGCACUCAGAUUGCCAGGCCGGAGGAGAGAUGGACGCGGGUUGCAUGGUGGCCUACCACACCCCGCCCUGGCUUCUUUUCACACCACUGUGGAAUCCUUUGUAGAAUGGUACUCCUAGAUGAUGGUUUCAAACGACACAUGCAUCAUUGACUCUGUGCAGGAUGUCCCUCAAUCAGUUUGGGUUUGCUUUAUUUUAUUUUAUAUAUUUUUUGGUAUCCUGUACAUUGCGGUGGGUGUGAAGAUAGUAUUUUAAUAUUUGUACAAAGUUUAAUUUAAUUUUAAUUGUUCUAUGUAUAUAACUGCAUUUCUAAAUAAUAAUUAAAAAGGUUCUUAUGAA